ACCACCACCACCACCACCCCAACCACCACCACCACAACCACCACAACCACCACCACAACCACCACCACUACCACCACCACCACAACCACCACCACAACCACCACCACUACCACCACCACCACAACCACCACCACAACCACCACCACAACCACCACCACUACCACUACCACUACCACCACCACCACAACCACUACCACCACCACAACCACCACCACAACCACCACCACCACCACCACCACUACCACCACCCCAACCACCACCACCACCACCACCACUACCACCACCACAACCACCACAACCACCACCACAACCACCACCACUACCACCACCACCACAACCACCACCACAACCACCACCACUACCACCACCACCACAACCACCACCACAACCACCACCACAACCACCACCACUACCACCACCACCACAACCACCACCACAACCACCACCACAACCACCACCACAACCACCACCACCACCACCACCUCCACCACCACCACCACCACAACCACCACCAAAACCACCACCCCAACC